AUGGACGUCCUGGUCUAUGCCUCCAAGGUUCCCUGCGUCUACAAGAUUUUCGGCAACGAGAGGUACUUCGACCAGCACUCGCUGGCGGAGCAUAGUUCCAUAUGCGUGCACGCGCCCUACUACUGCUAUGAGUGCACGUCGCCGUUUUGGGGCUCGCCGGCGAGCCUCGUGCAUCACCUCACGCAACCGUCCGUUGAUCACUACUGGCCUGCGGCGGUGAACAUCAAGUACGAGACGUGCUACCCGUUCGCCGUGCCGAAGUCGCUGGAGGAUCACCGCCGCUUGCUAGUCUCGAAGAAGGACGGCAGCAGGUACGUGGGCGCCCACACCGCCUCCAUCACGCUGACUGGGACUGUGCCGAGCUGCUCCGUUCUCGCCGAUGUGGACAUGGAAGACGCAUGGUAUGAUUUUCCCCCCAAGAUGGUGCACGGGGACUCCAAGAAGGUUCACCUAGACAUAUGCAUUAACAAGUUAAAUGUUGAUCAUUAG